GCAACUGCUAAGUAGUAAGGUUGAAUAAUGGGCUCAAAUUUAGUGAAUAAGGGUUUAUUAUGGGCUCCAUAUUCAGUGGUCUAGGCUGAAACAUUUUUGGGUUUUAAACCCAAAAUUUUAGUAGUCUCUGAGUGCCUCAACUCUCAACCAAUUCACCGCUUUAUCGAAACAGGAGAGAGAGAGAGAAGAGAGUGAGAUUAGAGAAAGGGGGUUUCAGAGAUUUUGAUGUCUGCAAUACAGAGAACGCUUCGCAGCAUCCAGACGGCCGUGGAGAGUCCUCGACUCACUAAAUUCUCUCUUCACCCUCCUAAGAGUGUGGAGGUGGAAUUUGCCGAUGGUAGUGCGUAUAAUUUGUCAGCCGAGUUCUUGAGAAUACAUAGCCCAGCAGUCGAUAGUAAGAUUAGAUCAGUUGGUGGUGAAAAGGUGAUAGCUGGACGUCGCCAUGUGGGGAUUAUGUCUGCAGAACCCAUAGGAAACUAUGGGGUAAGGAUACUUUUUGACGAUUUGCAUAAAACUGGGAUCUAUACAUGGGAUUAUUUCUAUCAUCUUGGGAGCAACAAGUUCACCCUUAUGAGAAAUUAUGUUAAAACCCUAAAGAAGCAUGGACUCAACCGGGAUCCACCCAGAAGAAAAUGAUGGAUAAAUUUCUCUCUCUAGUGGUCAGUUGACUUGCAGAGUUACAUCGGAUAACAUGAUAUGAGUUGGCAUGUGCAACAACACGUGAUAAUUUGCUUCAGUCAAGUAAAACAGGUGGUGUUUAAGCACAAGUUUGGUUGUAAUUGUUAUAUGAGGACACGGUUACGCAAUAUUCUGUAUUCACCGUCUCUGUACAAGGUCAUGUAGGGCUAUAAAAAAUUCUCUCCAUAAUCAUCUUCUUCUGCUGCCUGUUUAGGUUUGCAUAUAAAUUCGUUCCGGCUUGUCUGACGUUUUCAGUUUUAGUUGCUGGUAAGCAUAUGAUUACUUCAGGGAAAGGUUUGGCAAUCACACAUUUUACAUCUCUUACUCUAAUUCAGUUUACCGAUAAUGAAUUGGAUCUUGUUGUAUCAAUCAAGUACAUUUUCUCUGGGGAGUGAGGAACUGCAGUCUAUGUUUCACAUCUUAAAUGUUGACAUUUAUCAUUUUACUCUUAAA